UUGACUUAACUGUUUAACCUUUACAUGUUUAAAGAGGAUCUCCGUGGCGAAAUCAUGGUACCGGCAGCUAAGAAACUCGAAGACCUCAUACAUCUGGCUGAACUUUGUGUUGAUCUGUUGCAACAAAAUGAAGAACACUAUGCAGAGCUUCGAAAGCAUGAGAAAAAGAAUAAGGAAAAAAAGGAAGGUCAAGCCACAAAAGAGGAAACAACCGAAGCAGCUACAUUGGGCGGUGCGGGGCAAGGUACAAACGGACCCGGAGCAUCAGCCGCCGCCAGUAUCGGCAGUAAUGAUGGCGAUUCUGGAAAAUCGGCUCCAGAAGCGGGAGCUACCGGAGCAGAUGGAGCAACAGCUUUUCGCUACUGCAUGCCAACACAUGCAGUAUUCACCUCACCAGUACCAACGGCAUUCGCAUGGUUCAGUGACCUGUUGGUGGAACAUGCAGAAAUCUUUUGGUCGCUAUUUGCUGUGGACAUGGAUAGGGUACUCACCGAGCAGCCACCAGAUACAUGGGACUCAUUUCCUUUAUUUCAAAUACUUAAUGACUAUUUGCGUGUAGACGAUAAUUUGCGGAACGGGCGCUUUCACCAACAUUUACGUGACACGUUUGCACCGCUAGUUGUACGCUACGUCGACCUCAUGGAAUCAUCAAUCGCUCAAUCAAUACACAAGGGCUUCGAAAAGGAACGCUGGGAUAGUAAAGGGAUUAAUGCAGCUUUAAAUCCAGCGACAUUAAAUAACGCGGCUCAGGCUUUAAAUACCGCAGCCCUUAAUCCGGCGGCGCUACUUGGGAGCAAAAAAGAUCAGGUCAAUUUCUAUAUACCAAAGCUACCAAGGCGUUCUGUUAAUGCUAACGAAGAUACGAGAAAUGGUUGUGCCACAUCCGAGGAUCUCUUUUGGAAAUUAGAUGCCUUACAAUCGUUCAUACGUGAUCUUCAUUGGCCGGAUGCAGAGUUUCGUCAACAUUUGGAGCAACGCCUGAAAAUGAUGGCUACUGAAAUGAUUGAACAAUGUAUACAGCGUACGGAUUCAUCAUUUCAGUCGUGGCUAAAGAAGAAUGUGGCCUUCAUUUCAACCGAUUAUAUAAUACCCUCGGAGAUGUGCGCAAUGGUUAAUGUGAUAUUAGACGCUAAAAAUCAAAGCUUUAAACUAACUACAAUAGAUGGUAUUGAUUUGUACAAAUUUCAUGCAAAAAUUGAUGACCAAAUCGAUAAAGCGAAUGUAGCUAUGACACAAGGACUCAUUAGUAAACUUAUGUCUGUGCUAGAGUCGACUUUGUCGAAACUGGCACGUUACGACGAAGGCAGCCUGAUUGGUUCCAUACUUAGCUUUACAAACGUGUCCAGCUCAGGGAAGGAUCUCGGACAAGGUUAUGUAAAUUUCUUUCGUAACAACAUGGACCAAAUACGUGGUAAAAUUGGCGACGAUUUAUGGACACUAAACUUUUUUGAACAAUGGUACACGCAGCAGAUUAAUAUGCUUUGUAAUUGGCUCUCCGAGAGGCUAGAUCAUGCUCUCCACUAUGCUCAAGUGACUUCCAUAUCACAUAUAACAAAGAAAAUUUACUCCGAUUUUGAGCUUCAAGGAGUACUAGAGGAUAAACUCAAUUCCAAAGCAUAUCAAACUGUUGCCCAACGUAUGGCCACUGAGGAGGCAACGUGCGCGUUAACCAUGCCUGAUGUUGUCGAGAGUGACGAGAACGUGGAUGGGCUGAAAGGCGAAGGAGGUGACGAAGAUGUCGCCGGUGACGAUGUUGGUGGAGGCGCUUCACGUGGUUUACCCAAACCGAAAAUUGCCGCCGCACAAGCAGCGGCCGUAACUAACGUCGUAGCUGGUCGGGUUGGCAAUUUAUUAGGAAAGGGUAUUGGUGGACUUAGCUCAAAGUUGGGAGGUGGGAGCUGGUUUUAAAGCCAACCCAACGUAAUGUAUUGAUAUUAAGGAGUCUAAUAGUGAUUUAAUGAAAAAAAUUGAUCGGUAUUAUUGCAGUUAUAUAGCAUGCAACCAUAUAACAAAGCCGUAACGUGAAAUUUUUAAUAGCGACAUGUAUAUGCCUGUAAUUAUACUCUUACAUUCAUAUACAUAUCGAAAAUUCGAGUAUACAUAAUAAUGCUUAAAUAUACGAAUUAUAUGAGUCUACAUACGACCUACAAAAAAUGUUUGCUAAAUAAUAUAAUUAUUGAAGAAAAUAACAUUUUAUUCAAUACCUACAAUCAGUUAAUAACUUUUUCUUCCUUUUAAUCCUACUGACAUAACAACAAACUUGCGAAAACUUAAAAAAGUUGUUACUUUAGUAUCUAAGACAUAUCUAGAUAUACUCAUAUUCUAAUAUACAACAUAUGUUUUUAAGUUUACAUACAUACAUAUACUGAUAUAUAUAUAUGUAUAUUAAAUAAUGAGCGUAUCACUGAAAUACGUUUCGAUUGCUCAAGAUAGGGGAUUUUGAUUUUCAAUAUUAACAGCAAAAUUUAUUCUAUACCCCUAUACAAUUCCAUUCAGAUGCAUAUACACACUUACAUAUAUCUGCAUUGUAUUCAAAAAUAUUGAAAAUGUUAUCUAAAUAGUAUAAUUUAAUUAUGAAUACUAAUAAUCUGUAACUCUUUAAUCGUUUACCUUGCGAAAAUGUUCAUGAUUAAAAAAGUAAAAAAAAAACUGUUAAAACAAGGCCUCAUAUUCACCUUGAUACUGCGAGCCAAGUCCAUGCAAUGUAAAAGAGAAGCAUAUAACAAAAUCUACAAUAUACAUAUAUGCAGUUUCACUACUUCGCAAUUCAGUAUCAGCCUAAUACGUGCAUAUGUUCAUACAUACACAGCGGGGGUACUAUUUUACUGAAUUUCACCAACACCACCAAACUAUUGCUACAUGACCAUCAACACAACUACCGCUCCAAUGAUAACCUAAAUCAAGUAUAAGAAUAAUGUAACAAACCCUUGAAAUAUUAAUUAUACAUUCUUCAUGACAUUGCGUAUACAGUGGUAUAAAGUACAUUUUAUUUAACGAAAGUCAUGAAUAACAAGUAAAAUAAAUUUAGAUGUUAUAAUCAUAUUCUAAAAGAUUU